AUUUCCCUAAGGCUACACAGCAGUUUCUUUUUGUAGCACAAAAUAGCUCUUUAAUAAUCAGUAAGUGAUAUGUGUAGCGUCUUGCUGUACUGUACAGGCAGAACUUCAGCAGUAAGAAUGUUCCUACAAACCGAGACAAUGAGGGAACGAAGUUUCUUUACGAAAAAGUUUUGCGAGGAACCAUAAUGAGCCAGUAGCAUUGCUUUCGGAAGUAUUAGGCGUUACACCGUUUUGCCAAGAUGGCGGCGCCCAGUUUGUACCAUGGCAGGGAAGGUUGCACCAACUUGUGAAGAAAUUGUAUGCCGGGUUUGGGGUUCUGAUGGACAUGGGUGUUUGCACCCCGAGUUGGCGGGUCCUGCUCCGUGUGAGAUAUAUUCCUACGGCUGGCGGGUACAUCCGCUCAUCGAGAAUCCAUAAAAUACCGGCUUGCAAGACAGGAAAUGCCAAUGGAGUUCAAGCCAGUGGAACCGAGGCUGCUAAUUGGAAAGGAGAUGGUGAGAGAAGUACCUCGGACUUGUUGAGGAUUCCGUUGGGCACAAUUGCUUAUUCUCAAAGACAUGUUAUUUCCAAAUGUGACACAGAAGGCAGAGACAACUGGAGAGAAGCUGGCAAUGGCAGUAACUGCAAGGGGAAACUUCCCCUCACAAACUGCUUACAAAGGAAAAGGUUUAGAGGGGUAAUACCAAUGGGCAAUAUUAGGCACUUUCUCAAUGGACGACCAUCUGAAAACAGACACUAUGCUGUUAGAUUUUACACUGAGAUCAGAGAAAGAGAGAAGAGAAAGCAUCCACCUUGGAAUGUCAUGUUUUUUGGAACUGAUGAGUUUGCACUGGAAUCUCUUAAAAUGUUGAACCAAUUCAGCAGAAGCACACAUGAGCCAGUAGUUGGCAGGCUGGAGGUGGUUACGUUGCCCACACAUCUGCCUAAAGGCCUUCCAGUGAAGAACUAUGCUGUAAACCAAGGGAUCCCUUUUCAUGUUUGGCCCCAGACAGGACAGUGUGAGCAGUUUGAUGUUGGAGUCGUAGCAUCAUUUGGACGACUCCUCAGCGAGGACUUAAUUUUGCAAUUUCCAUAUGGUAUCUUAAACGUACAUCCCAGCUGCCUUCCCAGGUGGAGGGGUCCAGCACCCAUAAUCCACACUGUUCUAAAUGGAGAUGAGAAGACCGGUGUCACUAUUAUGCAGAUUAGACCAAAAAGGUUUGAUGUUGGCCCUAUUGUGAAGCAGGAGGAAUACCCUGUUCCCCCAAGGUGCACUGCUAAGGAGCUGGAAGGCGUGAUGUCUAAAAAUGGGGCUGAAAUGCUCAUUUCUGUAUUAAAGAACUUACCUCAGUGCCUGGAACACACUACAGAGCAACCCACAGAAGGAGUAACAUUUGCCCCCAAGAUUACAGCUUCCAUGAGCUGUGUUAAGUGGGAAGAGCAGACUCCGGAGCAGAUCAUACGUCUUGAACGAGCUGUUGGAUUUUCAAUGCCCCUGCAGGCUGUCUGGAUGGGCUCACCCAUUAAGCUUCUUAACUUCGUGGAAAUUCCAGAAUCUGUUAAAAUUUCAGACUCUGCCAGCAAGCCCGGAUGCCUUCAGUAUCACCAUGCAUCUCAACUUCUGCUAGUAUGUUGCAAGGAUGGUUGGGUUGGGGUCAGAACAAUAGUACUAAAGAAGAAGCUCUCUGCCAGAGAUUUCUACAAUGGCUACUUACAUCAAUGGUUUGUACAGAAGACUAACAUACAGCCAGAGGAAUGUCGCUUCCACACACUGCAUCUGCCACCCAAAGCAAAGACCACAAAACAGAAGCAAAUAUCCCGGUAGAGAAGCAAUUGUCACUGUGUGUCACUGUGUGACAGGGACAAACAGCUGAAAGCAUUGCAAAGUACAGCACUUAUGAGCUUGAUGUGCAAUAUUUCAAAUGUUAUGGCUGUUAUGUACAGCAAGUCUGUAUUUGAUUUAACCAGCGCUACUGAUUUAUAUUAGAUAGCAAACAGACAGUAGUAAUCAAGUACAAGCCCACAAAAAGAAAGGCAGAAUAAAGGCCUCUGUAUACAAAAUGGUCCAGAUGUAUAAUUUAUUACUAAAAGACAGAGAUGUCAGUUGAUGCUUCUGUGUCUUGAAACAAUAAAGAGCAUUUCAAUCUUUCA